AUGAGCCGCCUCGAUGCUCAAGCGUUUCCGCAUAUCUGGGAGUUAAUCGAGUCGUACGCCUCCCACAAGCUGCUCCUGCGUCUCCGUCUCGUUUACCGGGCAAGUUGUGUCAAGGCAACAAGAGCUCUCUUCUCUCAUGUCGAGAUCCGCGCGCAAUCCAGGACGACGGAGGGAAACCCCGCGUUCGCCUUCUCGUUCGGCGAUGGUCCUCUCCCACUCCAACCGUCCAGAAUGAUGGGACCAGUCGACUUGCCAGAGCACACGGGUUGGGAGGAUACGCGGGUGCUGGAUGUGCGCGUCAACAUCCACGACGUCCAGCCGUAUCUAAUUGGACUCGAAGUCGUGCGCCGCUAUCCAGGUGUUUGUCUGGCUCCCCCGGCGUUCACGUACGUGGAUGUAAUCCGCGCUCCAUUCGUCGGACGAGCACGUGUGCACCCAACAGGCUACUUGACAGAGCGGCACGUGUUCGUGGUCCUCUACGAUGUGGCUGCGCCCACCGACCCCACGGUUCACUUGACGUUUCCCCAGGCGCCAGCCGGAGAGGACGCCGUCUUCGUGUUCCGGUCGAGUGUGCUCGCAGAGCCCACACCAUCUCGAAUGCCAAGAUCAGAACAGGCGGAAACGUUCCUGAGGACCAUAUUCUGCUUUGUCGCCCAGAGCUCGCAUGCAUCGUACACCCUAGUCGGCCUGGAAAACGUUCCCCCCUUCACCCUUGCUCUGGAGCUUGGGCUGGACCCAGACGACACAGUCCAUCGUGCGGAAGUGCGACCCGAAAGUUGGGCCGCGUUCGUCGCUGACCAUGUUGUGCGUCACAUCCACGCUCUGGGCCCUCAUCAAGACAUCACCAUGGAGCACAUCAGGUUGCUCACCAUGCGCGGUUUCCGCACUGAAGUUGGAGACGAGGCAUGGUUCCGUGAGACAAUGAUGGACGUCGACUUGGCUCAUCUUCAAGGUUCUGUGGUACUUUGA